UUGGACCCAUGGAGGUGUUCUGUUUAAUCCUGUGGUUGGACCUGAUAAAAAGGACCAGUGUGUCCAUCCAUCCUGUCACAGUACCUGGAACCACUUGGAGUCGUGCUCGUCCUUUCUGAGUUGUGCAGUUUGAGUGUUAACCUCAGUCUCCCUCCAAGAGAAGAUGCAGGCCUUUGCCGUCGCUGCCCUCUCCAUCUGGCUGUGUCUGGGUGCCACCACCCUGGCAGAGUGCCACAUCCCACAGCACUGCACAUCACCUAAUAUGACUGGGGUCCUGACUGUGCUGGCCCUUACAGGAGGUGAAAUCAAGGCAACUGGACAUUACAGCUAUGACUCGACGGACAAGAAGAUACGUUUCACUGAAAGUGAGAUGCACCUCAACAAGACUGAACAUCUGGAGGACUACCUGAUGCUAUUUGAAGAGGGGGUCUUCUAUGACAUUGACAUGAAGAACCAGUCCUGUAAGAAGAUGUCUCUGCACUCUCAUGCUCACGCUCUGGAACUCCCCGCUGGUGCAGCCCAUCAGGUUGAGCUGUUUUUGGGGAGUGACACUGUUCAGGAGGAGAACAUCAAUGUGAACAUAUGGACGGGAUCCGUGCCAGAGACUAAGGGCCAGUAUUUUUUGUCUACUACUGUGGGAGAAUGUCUACCACUCAGCACUUUCUACUCAACUGAUUCCAUGACACUCCUCUUCAGCAAUUCCGAAGUGGUCACUGAGGUGAAAGCCCCUGAAGUAUUCAAUCUGCCGUCUUUCUGUGAGGGUGUGGAGCUGGAGGAGGCUCCUGAGGGCCAGAAGAAUGACUUCUUUAGUCUGUUCAACAGUGUCUAAGACAGUGGCACCAGGACCUCCAGCCCCAACCAACCAAGAGUGUGGCCAGCUAAUCCUCCUAGUUGUUUCUCUCCCUCUCAUAACUACAUUUGAGUGUUUCAUUGCAAAUUCUUCUCUUCUGUUAGACCAGAUAUAUAUCAUAAUAUACUUUCUUUGAUUAUUCCUCUUUGAAGACAUUGCAUAAAGAUUAAUCAGAUGAAAAAAGGAAAGUUAAUGUUAAGUUGUCAUGUUAAUGUAAUCUCUACGUUUGAACGGGAUAUAAGGGGAUAUAACGUUUGUAAUUGACACUAUUAAUCUGUCACUUAAAGUUGCUAAUGUGUAGGAGGUCUGCAUAGGCAAAUGAGAUAAUAAAAACUCAACAUCUUUUCGA